GUGGCGGUAAUGAGCUAUGAUGUCGUUUCCCUGCCGCCAUAGAAAAGACAGAAGAAGAAGGAAACAAGCGAAGAAGAAACGAUAACGAACGUCGCUUGAACUAUUUUCAGUCCCCCGUCUCGCCUUCUGCAGCAACCAUGCCGAAGAGAAAAGUAACGUUUGAGGACGGUAACGGGGAGCUCGACCUGGAUGACGACGUCCCAAACAAAAAGAGUUGCGAGGCUGUGAGCGGACCAGGCUCCAGGUUCAAGGGCAAACAUUCCCUUGAUAGUGAUGAAGAGGAUGAAGAGGAGAACACAAACAGCAGCAAAUAUGAUAUUUUGGCCAGUGAUGAUGUGGAAGGCCAAGAGGGCGCAACAAUCGACUUUGAUGAGGGAGUUUCUAUUACACCUUUCAACCUCGAUGAAGAGAUGCAGGAAGGACACUUUGACUCAGAGGGGAACUAUUUUGUCAAAAAGGAAGAACAGAUCAGAGACAACUGGCUUGACAACAUCGACUGGGUGAGAAUAAAGGAGCAACCUUUCAAGAAAAAGAAGAAAGGUCUUGGAGCCAAACGGACACGCAGAGCAGGUGAUGAAGAUGAGGCUGAGGAAGAGAAAAAAAGAGAAGAACAGCAGGCGGACAAAGAUGACGAAGAAGAAGAGGAGGAGGAGGAGAUGGAGCCUGCAGAGGACCCUCUGGCAUCCUACACACAGAACCAGCUCACCGAAGCUUUGGUUGAACUGUUGCAACCCGGCGAGACCGUCACUGCGGCGCUUCGUCGGUUAGGAGGCCUCGGAGGACGGAAGAAGGGGAAGCUGAGGGAAGAGAGCGAACCCACAGAGGAGAUGAAGAGGGAUACAGAAAAGCUUGACAGGCUCACAGCACUAGCUGACAGACUGGUUGCAUCUGGGAUGUUUGGGAUCUAUCAGCAAACAUAUGAAAAGUUGGCCUAUUUACUGAAGAGCAGGAGCAGCAAGAAGCCUGCAGGGGGGAAGAAAGCCAGUGGUGGCGACGGUGAUGAUGAAGAACAAGAUGAACUUGAUAUGUUUGGAGAUGAAUUUGAUGAGAAGCAUGGUGACAAAUCGCAGGAUAACGAGGACGACGACGACCAAAGAGUGAGCGAGGAAGUGAUGUGGGAGUACAAAUGGGAGAAUGAAGAUAAAUCAGAAGUCUACGGCCCCUUCACCAGUCAGCAGAUGCAGGAUUGGGUGGAUGAAGGCUAUUUCAGCAGCGGUGUUUACUGCAGGAGGUUAGACCAGGAGGGAUCUCAGUUCUACAGCUCAAAGAGACUAGACUUUGAGCUCUACACAUGAUUGACGUCCAGCAUCUGCUGAAUCAUGACCAUCAUGAUCAAUUCUCAGCAUUCAUUCAGUCCCCCCGUCUUCAUCUUUCCUGUCAAAUGUAUCAUUUUAACAGGGGUGUCGUUUUAUGUACAUUGUUUUUAAAUAAAUAAGUCACGUAUGUGGUGUUGA